GAAAAAAGUUGGGAAACAAAUUUUCAAGAAUUUUGAAUCCUACAUUUAAUGUUGUUUGGGUUCCCAAGACAACUUGCCACAUAGUUGAAUUGAGCUUAAUGGUUUCUGUUUUUUCGUGUCCGUGUCCCAGAAAAAUAUAGAAAGUACAAGAUUCAGAAACUUAUUGUGUUGUUUGCUUUAAAUUUACAGCCACCAAAGACAAAGAGUGCAUCAGGCAUUGUUUGGAAAUAUGGAGUCUGUUCUUUGGUAUUGGAAAAACAAGAAAAUUCACGUACAUAAUAGUUGAGUUGGAGUUGGAGUUGGAUGUGACUGCUUUUUCAUUUAUAUAGUUGAGUUGGAGGUAUUUCAUAGUAUUGUGGGCAUUCUUAUAUAAGUGGUCUACAUGACAUUGUUUCACAGGCUUUCCAGUUUGUGCAGGUUUAUGAGGCUUUUAGCCAUUUGGCACUUUCAGCUUGAUCAAGUGCAGAUUCAUAUGGAUCUUCCAUUGCAAAUAAACCAUUGAUGAUAGUAAGCCAUCCAGAUCUGAAGUACAAGAAGAUGGGCUUAAUUGGAACUCUACAGAUAGUUUCCUGCUUUGGAGAUACAAACACUGUUUGCCGUGCAUCUGCAUCUCAGAAGUCAAACUGUGAAGAGGCUUUGGAACUCUUGAAAACAUCUCUGGACUCUUGCAAACAGUCGUCCUUACCUUUGAUUUUGUUUUAUGAUGAAUUGACUGUAAUGUUGGACAACCGAACUCUUCAUCCAUCAAUUAUGGAAUGGGUUGGGAAACAUGUAGGAGAGUUUGAAUCUGUUUUUUUGUCUGAUCUUGAAGGUGGAAAAUUGCCUUUUAAGGAACCAUAUUUUGGUAUAGAAGGUGAAUUGUGGAUGAACUUGGAUGGUGAUAUAUCUCCUGUUUGUUUGAACAUUUUGCCAUUGUCUUCCUCUUCGAUGCAGUCAUCUUCUUUACAGAUUCUUCCUGAAAACUUCCUUAUACCAUCCACUAUUGAGAGGUUGACAAAUCAAGGAUUCCUUUGAGGAAUUGACGCAUUGCUUGGCCGCCCUUUGCACCUUCCUUCCUCAAAGGUUUAUGGUAGACUUUCACAGAAGAAAAAAGUACUUUCACGAGUCGAAUGGAAUGCUCUCAUGCACGCUCUCCUGAAGAAGAAAACGAAUUAGCCCGAAGCACAAAGAAGGUUAAGGAUUCACACAAUGGCACUACUGAAGACAGCCCUGGUCAGCGUGAAGGACCUUUCCACGCUAAUAAGAUCUCAUUUAAGGACAAACUUGUGGGAGAAAUACCGGGGGGCCUAUUCCCAAUCUCUUGCUUUCUUGGAUCAAACGGAGGCAAAAUAUGAGUCAGAUGAAGAGACUGAGGACAUUAGGAAAGCUCUUGCUGUGAUUAGUCUCUCAAAAGAGACCAAACAGCGCAUUCGAGCUCCAUGGGCAAAAGCACUUAUUGUGAAAGUUUUUGGAAAGACAGUGGGAUAUAAUUUCCUACAUGCGAAGCUUUUAAGUCUUUGGAAACCAUCGGGGAGGUUUGACAUGGUGGACCUGGGCAAAGACUUUUAUUUACUGAGAUUUGCGGUCAGGGACGAUCUAAAGAUGGUGCUUAUGAAAGGACCUUGGUUUAUUGGUGAGCACUUUUUAUCUAUUCGUUGUUGGGAAGCGAAUUUCAAACCGUCAGAAGUUCAGGUAUCCUCAGUGGCAGUGAAAAGUAGUGUAAGCAGCUUACCUGGUGUGGAAGACGACCAACAAAAGCGUUUUGUGUCGUUGGUCAAGACCAGAUUUGAAAGGGAAAGAGGUGGGCCAAGUACUAAGGGCUCGGAGGGAAAGGGAAAUACCCAAGCCAAGAUAAGGUUAAGUCCAUGAUCCAGUUGUGAUGAUCAUUAUAGAGACCCGGAUUGGGGGUGAUCGAGCCAAAGGCAUCACUGACAGGCUUCCGUUUGACGGGGCAAUUCAUAUAGAGACUAUAGGAUUCGUGGCGGGUCUUUAGCUCCUUUGGAAUUCGGAAAGAGUUCAGGUGACUCAGCUGGCCAUAUCAAAGCAAGAAAUCCAUGUUUUGGUGAAGUCUGUCAAUACUGCUGGGUUUGCCUAGUGCAUUGAUUUUUUUUGGCUUGUGCAAUACCAGUACUUCUCUGGAGCUGGUUGGAAGUCUUUGACAGAGAAGCAAAAACAUAUUUGUGUCUAUCUCUCUAUUAUGCAGCAAAUUGGAUACCGGAACUGAUAAAGUCAUUAAGUUUAUAAAUUUUGCCUUUAUGUUUGGAAGGACAGAUUAUUCACAUUGUAGUUUGAUACACACUUACACUCCUGCUGCCACAUGAAGCUCAAUGCCUUCUGUACACAAGUAGAGGGAAGAGUUGCAUGUACAAGUCAAGCUACAAAAGAGGAUACUGUUUUCAAGCUAUUGAAGCGUUUGGGGAACCUUGUGUAUGUGACUAUGUUCUCGUGCUCUUGACAAUGUUUACUCUAUGGGUCAGUUUUAUUAUUGAUGAGUUGCAAAUGUGGCGUAAAUUCUGUGAGUAGUGCUUAACUGAAAUUUUUGAUAGGCUCGGUCCAGCCUAAAUAGCCAA